AUGGCGGCUGUGGUCAAGGGGGGAGGCUGGAAGGCUGCUGAGCAGUCGGACAGACUCACUGCUUCCAUCUUUUCGUUCCAUCCUAGAGUUCCGAGCUGAAAAAGCUUCUUUUUCGCCUCUUACUCCGCUCCAGACCCAGAGCGACGCACCCUCUCGGCUUAUUACUGCAGCCGGAGCCUGCUUGAGGGACACGUCUGGGAUGGAGAGUCCGAGCCUGGGGGACUGCGGAGCUGCCCCCUCUGUCAUCGCCAACCAGCGCCUAGUCCCCGACCGGCCGUGUGACCUCCGGGAGGAAGACGUUGCUCUGGGAUCAGAAAGAGUGGGAGAAGAUGAGAAACAAAUGGUGAUAAAAAGCAGCAGUGAGUGUAAUCCCCCGCUACAAGAACCCAUUGCUUCUGCUCAAUUUGGUUGUAGCACAAUGACAGAGUGCCAUAAGCCUGUACCAUGUGGAUGGGAAAGAGUUGUGAAGCAAAGGUUAUCUGGGAAAACAGCAGGAAGAUACGACGUAUAUUUCAUCAGCCCACAGGGACUGAAGUUCCGAUCCAAAAGUUCACUUGCUAAUUAUCUUCACAAAAGUGGAGAGACUUCUCUUAAGCCAGAAGAUUUUGAUUUUACUGUACCUCAUAAAAGGAGCAUCAAGUCAGGAUGUAAAGACCAAAGCAUGGUAGCUCUGCCAUCCCAACUGCAAAACGAAAGUAGCAAUUCAAACCGGAGCCUCAGGACACGAAGCAGGUGGAAAAAAGAUGUGGUUUCUUUGCCAAGUGCUAGUUUGGAAUUGCAAGAUAGCAGAGAACUCUCUAACCUUACUUCCAUUCAUUGGCUUUUGAAAGAAGAUGAUGGUGUUAAUGAUGCUGACUCCAGAAAGGUUAGAAAGUCCAAAAGAAAGGUGACUGUUCUGAAAGGGAUUCAAAUUAAGAAAUCUAAAACAGGGUGCCGGAGGAAUCUUCCAGAUCCUGUUCAAAGUAAUGGAAAAAGAGCAUCUGUGUAUAAUAAGGCAGCAGAUGCUGAAAGCGAGCCUCUUGCACAAGAAAGUCAGCUUGAGAGAACUUGCUGCGUCUCUGAUGCCAGAGCAAGCGACAAGACCCUCACUGUUACCAGCGAAGAGGAGAGGCUUGGUAAAGAAAAAUCAUUGUGUUCAGGAUCAGAUUUUGAACAGACCACUUCUGGCAUCAUAAACAAAUUACAUUCAACCGAAGAAGCAGGACACAACAAGAAGUGUGAGGGUACCUUUUUAGAAUCUGAGAAAAUAAGAACCAAAGUAGAAGUUGGGGAGAGGAAGGAGCAUUUGCAUAUUGACAUUUCAAAAGGUGGCUCUGAAAUGGACAACAGCUCACAAACGGAGAAAGACUCUACUUCUGCGAAAAUACUUCAAGAAGACGCCAUCCCACAGACACAAAUAGAAAAAAGGAAAACAAGCCUGUAUUUUUCCAGCAAAUAUAACAAAGAAGUUCUUAGUCCCCCACGACGCAAGGCCUUUAAGAAAUGGACACCUCCUCGGUCACCUUUUAAUCUUGUCCAAGAAACACUUUUCCAUGAUCCGUGGAAGCUCCUCAUCGCGACUAUAUUCCUCAACCGGACCUCAGGCAAAAUGGCAAUCCCUGUGCUUUGGCAGUUUCUGGAGAAGUAUCCUUCAGCUGAGGUAGCGAGAACUGCAGACUGGAGAGAUGUUUCAGAACUUCUUAAACCUCUUGGUCUCUACGAUCUUCGAGCAAAAACCAUUAUCAAGUUCUCAGAUGAAUAUCUGACAAAGCAGUGGAGGUAUCCAAUUGAGCUUCACGGGAUUGGCAAAUAUGGCAACGACUCUUACCGAAUUUUUUGUGUCAAUGAGUGGAAGCAGGUACACCCUGAAGACCACAAGUUAAAUAAAUAUCAUGACUGGCUUUGGGAAAAUCACAAAAAAUUAAGUCUAUCUUAAAACUCUUUGACGUUUUCAAGCUUGUUUUUAUGCAUUGCUUUGCACUUCAAUACCUAAAAGCUCCACUAAGCACAACCGCCUUUCCAGGUGUAUAGAUUCUAAUCAGCCCAACUAGAAACCUAAUGUGUGUGUUCUUUUUUUUUUUUUUUUUUUUUUUUUUUUGCGGUACGUGGGCCCCUUACUGCUGUGGCCUCUCCCGCUGCAGAGCACAGGCUCCGGACGUGCAGGCCCAGCGGCCAUGGCUCACGGGCCCAGCCGCUCCGCGGUAUGUGGGAUCCUCCCAGACCGGGGCACGAGCCCAUGUCCCCUGCAUCGGCAGGCGGACUCCCAACCACUGCGCCACCAGGGAAGCCCUAAUGUAUGUCUUCUUAAUGUGUGUACCACCAGAAGAUCUUCGCUUCUGAAUGUGCAAUGACAUGUUCUGAGAUUUAAAAAAAAAAUAAAUUGUUAUUUGACAGCAAUCCUAAAAAUGUAUAUGACUUUUCCAAUAAUGAAAUGUGAUUUGAAGUUU